AUGCUUGGUUGGCUGGUCGCUGUGAACCUCGUUUCUGCGAUCGACUCCAUCGUCUGGUAUGGUGACGUGCACAUAGUCAACACCGCAUGGUGCGACAUUGUCGCUGCAGUGAUAACGGGCUUCAACGUCGCUAUUCCCCUUGCGAGCCUGCAUCUUGUAGUCGACCUGGUACAACCGUCCUUUGGUUCCGAAGCUUUACCCAAGUCAUCCCGAACCAAACAGACGGUCCAGAGCCUCCUCUACUCUCUUACACCUGUAGUAUAUAUUGCCCUCCACAUCAUUGUACAAGACCAUCGAUACGAUAUCGUCCAGCACGUUGGGUGUCGUCCCGCCACGUAUGCAUCCGUGCCAAGCAUAAUCUUAGUUUGGCUGCCUCCCAUUUUACUCUCUGUGGCUACGUUGAUACUCUCUGUAACGUUACUCCAGAAGCUCACGCCCAAUCGGUCUGAGUCCUUGUAUGAUACUGCCUCCAUCCGUACCUCUCGUUCAUCUUCCAACUCCGCCCCCCGUCAUAUAUUCCUCGCCAUCGUCCUCGCAGCGUGGUCCAUCAACACUACGGCUGUGGACGUUUCCAUUCAACUGCGACUUGCUGGUGGGAAGCUCCUUUCUUGGCCAUCACUCGAUGCCGUUCACGCCGAGCAUGGUCGCAUCGACAUAUUCACCAUCACCGAUCACCGGGCUCUCAUGCCAUCCUACAUGUUCCUUUGGUGGGCGACGCCUAUUGCUGCGGCCGUUUACAUCGCUCUCGCAGCUGGGAACGAAGAAAUUGUGCAGGCGUGGGCAGAAUUAUCGCGGAGGCUCGGAGUCGCCUUCAACCGCAAGCGCUCCCGACGCGAUGAAGUCCGCGAGAAACAUCAGUCGAUUCUUCCAGAGAUGGAUUCUCGGGCAUCGCUGCCAUCAGUCUUCGGCUCUAUACGUCGUAAGCCAUCUUCCCGGGGGCAGGUUCCGGCAAGCCGGCUUUCUUCAAUUUCUACCUCCAACUCAGGGGUGCGAGACUCCACGCUCCCGGCGCUGUACGAGUCCGAUGCAUCUUCCUCGUACGAUAAUUCGUGGUUCAGCUCGGAUAUAUCUCCGCCAUCUGGUUGCGGCACAGACACGAGGCCGGAGCCCAUCGGUUGCUAUCCUUCCUCCGCGGGAUACGCCCAGUCGGUCUUCCUCUCCGAUCUCUCACCUACUGUCCCGAGACGGCCGCGUUACGCGCAGUGCCGUCAGUCGAGGAUCCCCUCUCCUGUCAUCGACAUCGUCUCCACCGAGGAUGAUCUCGCGCCGACGCUCUCCCCUUACCCCGAUCCCAUACGCCAGACCUACGAACCGGAGAUGACCUGCUCCUCCCGCUACUUCGACCUUCGGCCUCAGCUCAGCCGCGUUCCUCACGGCAAUUCCCGCCCCGGGGUUUCGCGCACGACGUCAUCCCCAAACCUACUAUCCAUGUUCCCGCGACCGCCAAAGGCGCGGUUGGCCCGCCACGCGAGCGAAACGACCACCACGACGCGACAGAGUGGCGGGGAGAGUGCGUUGGGGCGGUCGCAUGGGUCGCCAAGCGAUCCAGCCGUACCGUCAUCGCUGCGAAUAUCAUCCCUGCCUCCUGCGAGCGUUUCUGAGCCAGACCGGCUAUAUGAAACCAACGAGCCCAGCACUUCGCACCGAUGA